AUUCGUACCUACCCUUUCUCUCUCUCUUCUUGUCGUCUCUUUCCUCAAAUAUGCCCCUCUGGUAGCCUUCGGGCCUUUCUUCUUCUUUUUUCCACUCUCCUUCCAUUGCCCUUCGGUGAUGGCUAUAUCCUCUGCCACCCGUAUCCUGGCCGCCCGGCCUCUCGUCCUUGGUUUAGCAAAGCUCUGCUUCUUGGCUGUUGCCAACCUGCCCGUCAUCUCCGCCGCCCCAACUUUUAUCAUCAACUCCGAUGUCGACCCGAAACCCCCCAGUGACCCCAGUCUAUGGCUGUACUUAGGUGUCGCCGCCGCCCUCGUUCUCAGCGGCGGUGCGUUCGCUGGUUUGACCAUCGCCUUGAUGGGACAGGAUGAAGUCUACCUACAAGUCAUUCAGACCUCCGGUGAAGGCUCCGAACGCAAAAAUGCCGCAAGUGUCUUGAAGCUGUUGCAGCGAGGAAAGCACUGGGUCCUCGUCACGCUGCUGCUCAGCAAUGUGAUCACCAACGAGACGCUUCCAAUCGUGCUCGACCGCUCACUUGGCGGUGGCUGGCCUGCGGUGCUCGGCAGUACCGUCUUGAUUGUCAUUUUCGGUGAAAUCGUCCCCCAGUCGAUAUGUGUCCGUUACGGUCUCCCCAUUGGUGCCUGGAUGGCUCCUUGUGUCCUAGCGCUCAUGUACCUCAUGUCUCCCGUCGCCUACCCGGUCGCGAAGCUGCUCGAUAAGCUGUUGGGUGAGGAUCACGGAACCAUCUACAAGAAGGCCGGUCUCAAGACCCUGGUGACGCUGCACAAAACCUUGGGUGAAGCCGGUGAACAGCUCAACUCCGAUGAAGUCACCAUCAUCAGCGCUGUUCUUGACCUCAAGGACAAGGCAGUGGGCAGCAUCAUGACCCCAAUGGAAGACGUCUUCACCAUGUCCGCCGACACCAUCCUAGACGAAAACACAAUGGACUUGAUUCUGUCGCAAGGAUACUCUCGUAUUCCUAUUCACGCUCCGGACAACCCGAUGAACUUCGUCGGCAUGCUGUUGGUCAAAAUGUUGAUCACCUAUGACCCCGAAGAUUGCAAGCGCGUGCGGGACUUUGCUCUGGCCACGCUUCCCGAAACCCGCCCGGAGACAAGCUGUCUGGAUAUCGUCAACUUCUUCCAAGAGGGCAAGUCCCACAUGGUACUGGUGUCGGAGUAUCCGAGUGAGGAUCGCGGCGCUUUGGGUGUGGUCACCCUGGAAGAUGUGAUUGAGGAGCUCAUCGGAGAGGAAAUCAUCGACGAGUCCGAUGUCUUCGUGGAUGUGCACAAGGCCAUCCGCCGCAUGGCUCCUGCUCCCAAGUCCCGCGUUCCCAAGGGCCGGAUUGUCGAAGAUCCCCCCAUGCUUCCGGCUGAGACCACUCUAGUCGAGGUGGACAACGAGUCCCCUGCUCCGCCCAAUGGGGCCCCGAAGGACCAUCGCCGGCCUUCCGUAGAGGCACCCUUGCCCCGGUUCCAGCUCCGUCGGCCCACCUCAGAUAAGAACUCAGACUCGACAGACGGCUUGUUCACGCAUCGCGGGGCCACGGAUGAGAUCAGACAGCAUUUGAAGCACCUGGGUCCAUCAAACUUGGCCAGCCGACCGCGCCAAACUCGAUACCAAAAUGUGAAGAUCAAACGGAGUGCCUCGCCAUCCCGAUCCGGACAGACCGAUCUUGAAUCCAGCCAGAGUAUGUCCGAUGUACAACCUAGACAUAAUUCCAUCGGCCUGCAGGGCGGUAUCGGCGCCGGGCUUGUACAGAGCGGUAUGGACGCCCGUGAUGGGGUGUAUGCGGUCCGUGCAGGAUAUGGCACGAUGAACCACUCUAAUCCGCCGGCCGAUGCCGGUACUCAGACGAAGGAUGGUCUCCCGAUAUCGAUACCCGAACCGGUCCAUGAGGAACAGGAUGAUCACCCUCGGUCAGCGGGCAGUCGAACCGGCAGUGCCCGGUCCAUCGACUCGCAAUCCGAGCAUCUCAAGCCGGGCAGUUACCUUCACCGAGGCCCGGCUCGCAGUGGUAGCAUCACAGAGCAGGUGGUCGAUGUCAACGGCAUUCGCAAGGUUGUGCUCCAUACCACAAGCACCAGCUCAUCUGAAUCUGAACGACCGAGAACGAGCGAAAAUCCGGAGUUCCCUGUCCGCCAGGAAGGCGAGAUCGUCGACCUGGGGAAUAAUCAGUCCGCCGGAAACAAGAGACGUCGUCGUCGCAGAAAGCGUGGACAAGGCCCGAAGAACGGGGAGUCGGGCGAAAAUACCCCUCUACUGUCGCAAUAACCAAGAUAAUUUCAGACGCUCCGAGUGUUCUGCUGGCCAGAGCGACAGGGCGACAUGUGGAUAGUUGUUGUUGUUACGUUGCAAAAAUUUAGCCUGUACACAAGUACGACCGAACAGCUGGUCGUGUGUGAUGCACAUGCUUCCGAGGAACCGAUGUAUUUCUUUCCUUCCCACCAUAUAUUCAUUUUCCAUGCAUAGCCGACCCUGCGUGCCAGUACCUGGUCGCUUGACACUUGUCGUUGCAUUGAGGGGUCUGGCGGUGUAGAUGAGAUUUGUGAUCAGUAGUAUCUUUAAGGAAUGGCAUUCUCGUGAUAGGUCCUUGCAUAAAAUGUAACACCGACCCUAUCUUGC